AUGAGUUCUUCUACUCUCCUCUUGUAUGUUUUUCUCUGCAUUUUCUUUGUUCAGUUUCAUCACACUUUGCAAUCAACAUCACCCAUUUUGUUCAAUUUUGGAGAUUCGAACUCGGAUACCGGUGGAUAUGUCCCCGCCUUGGGUAUCUAUAUCGGUCUGCCCUACGGUAAUACAUUCUUCCUCAAGGGCACCAGCCGGUGGUGUGAUGGGCGCCUAAUCAUCGAUUUCCUGUGCGAAAGUUUGAAGCUGAAGUUUCUAAGCCCGUUUUUGGAGUCACUGGCACCAGAUUUCAGAGGUGGUGCGAAUUUCGCCAUCUCAGCUUCAAAAACCGUCAUUGAACUAUACGCUCCUUUUUCACUAGACGUACAAGUUAAGCAGUUCUUUCGUUUCCAACUGCGUUCCCUCCAACUCAUCUCAGAAGGCCACAAAGAUAUGAUCGAUGAAAGCGGGUUCAGCAGAGCGCUUUACAUGAUUGACAUCGGACAAAACGAUCUUCUAGGUGCCCUGUAUUUAUCAAACUUAACUUCACCACCGGUAAUCAAAAAGAUCCCAUCAAUUCUCGGAGAAAUCAAAUUAGCCGUUCAGAAUCUUUAUAAAUUUGGUGGCAAGAAGUUUUGGAUACACAACACCGGACCGCUAGGUUGUGUCCCGAGAGAGCUUGCUCGUCACCCUCAUAACAACACGGAUCUUGAUCGAAUUGGAUGUUAUAAGGUUCACAAUGUUGUGUCGAUGGCUUUUAAUAAAGGAUUGAAGGCUCUUUGUGAAGAAUUGAGAUCGACAUUUAUAGAUGCAACCAUUGUCUAUGUUGACAUAUACACCAUCAAGUACGACCUUUUUGGCAACUACAAGAGAUAUGGUUUUACGAAACCACAUAAGGCUUGUUGCGGGUUUGGGGGUGAACCAAACAAUUACAACGUGAAGGCAACAUGUGGCCAACCUGGUUACACAAUGUGCGAGAAUGUGACACAGAAUAUAGUUUGGGAUGGACUUCAUUACAGCGAAGCCGCUAACCGUGUAGUUGCCUCCCAAAUCCUUUCUACAAAAUUUUCCACACCACCUAUAACCUUGGAUUCUUUUUGGAAAUCUUGAUUCUCUUUAUGUAUUGGCAUCAUCUCGGUUUUCAGUCUUUUUAAAGCUAAUGUAAGUUUUCUUUCCUUUGUAAGUGCAAAAGAUGUAGUUGUGAAUAAUUUCUUCUUGCUCGACCUAGUUUCAACCGCAGUUCGUGUAUAACUAAGGCGAAAGACAGAAUCACAAAGCACAAAUAAGACCUUAUUGAUUAUCCCAUAUGGCUUCCUCGAUAUAACCGAUGUAAAUAGCAUGGUAGAAUGGAAUUGAUCAGUGAAUAGAGAGCCGUGAAGUGGAAGAACAAAUUGUCGAAACAUGGUUUAAGUUGAGAUGUUGU